CACCUCAUCGCCGCUCACCUGCUCUCCAGCACUGCGCAUGCAGAGCCUGCGAGCCUGCGAGCACUGCCGAGACGUGCACACGGCCUCGAGCCGAAACUCCGGCUGCGGAGCGAACCUCGAGCGAACUGCUGCAUGCGCUGAUCGCGAUCGGCGCUCGCUGCCAACUUUGGACAGGGGCCUGCUUACCUACGCACGCCUGGCAAUGGAUGGGCACCAGUGUGUGCUCAUGCUGGUGGUGCUAGACCGCUGAUGACCGUGGCCGCGGGCGCACCCAGCUGAAAAGUUUCAGGCCGUGUUUGUACACAACAUGGGUUGACAGCAGCCGAUCAAUAGGACACGGUCUGUACACGGUCUGUCUCUGCCACACCAGCGCCGUGCUCAUGGCCCCUAAAACCCAUCUUUAUUCCCGCUCUGACGUUCGGCGGUCCCCUGAAGUCCUCCAGGACAGCGCCUGCGACGUCUCACCGCGCGCUGCCGACACCACGCAGACGUGAUGGCCUCACCACUAGGCCCCAAGAUCCAAGACUUUGCUGCCCAAGGCUCUCCGUCGGUCCCCCAAGGCCGACGGGCAUCCGCGGCAGAGUCGCCCAGACUGCAUCUUGAGACUCAUUUCGAGGACCAGCAGACCCAGAGCAGAAGCCGCGGCAGGUCUGCGACCUCAACAACGGCAACCGCAGCCCAGCCAAACAUCGAGCAGAUCCUCUCGCCCGCCCUCAGUCGCUCAUCUAUCGACACCACCCUGCGCCGCCGCAUCACGCGCUCCAACACUGUCCGUCACUACCAGUCGCCGACACGAGCGACAUGGGAGGAGCCAGGUGCCGAGCCUGGUGUGGAUGUGAAGGAUGAGGAGGCUGCUGCACGCUUUGCGCACCUGCGCCAGGCCUGCGACAUCACCGUGGUUGACUUUUCUGCCGAGCGGAUACAGACGUACCAGCUGGACAACGACACACUGCAAGAAUUUGUCAAGCGACCCAAGGAUGACUGGGUCGAGUGUCGCUGGGUCAACGUCAACGGGCUGGACUUCGACGUGAUCAGUGAGCUCACUACUCACAAGCAAUUGCACCGCCUUGCAAUUGAGGAUCUGAUGACAGGUCGAGAGCAGCGGACCAAGGUCGACUGGUACUCCGAUCAAGCUUUCAUGCUAUUGACACUCUCUAAGCUCGUGCGAAAUGUCACCGACGACUCAGACAGCGAUUCAGACUCGGACGAUGAGCUGCCCAGACAUGCGCGCUCGCACUCACGUUCUCGAGCUGCACAACAUGCACACAACAAGAAAAAGAAGUCGUGGAUGAAGAAGGUCAAGAAUGCCUUCGGCUUAGGAGCAGGUUCCAAUCAGCCGAAAGACGUAGAGCAUACUCUUCACAACCUCGAGAAGCGUGAUGACAUGCUAGACGACCUAGAUUCACCUGGCCUAUCGGGGCCACAAGCGCACAAUGGGGGUGUUCGCACUCUUCAGCGCUAUCGCGGAGGACCAAACUUGGAGCGCAUCCUCUACCUCGAACAACACUCAGCGCUCACGGACAAGGACCUUACCGUCAGCGUAGAGCAGGUCGGCAUCUUUCUCUGCUCAGACAACAGCGUGAUUUCCUUCUUCGAACACUCGGCCGACAUCAUUGAAUCCUUCAUUCUUAAACGUCUCAACACUCAGGAUACUAUCCUGCGCCGCAGCGCCGACAGCUCCAUGAUCGUACAGGCCAUCAUCGACGCCAUCAUCGAUUUGGCCAUCCCUGUCGUCGCUGCGUACGAAGACGCCAUGGGCGAGCUCGAACUCGACGUUCUGGAAGACCCGGAAAUCCACCACUCACAUUCACUCUACCUGCUCACAUCGGAGCUCUCUAUCCUGCGCAACACGAUCCAGCCCAUCAUCUCUCUCAUCAACGCUCUCCGCGACCACAAGUCCGAUCCUAUGCAGCAAAGCUGGAUCCAGCACCAGAACUCCAACUUAGCCACCCGCAAGACGAUGUCCUCCAUCACCAUCUCUCCCCUGGCGCACACAUAUCUGGGCGACGUGGAGGACCACUGCAUUAUGAUCACAGCCUCGCUGGACCAGAUGCGACGCGCAGCCGACAAUUUAAUUGACCUUAUCUUCAAUAUGAUGGGCGCGUUCCAAAACGAGUCGAUGAAAGUGCUCACCGCAGUAACCAUCUUCUUCCUGCCGCUUACCUUCUUGGUCGGAUACUUUGGGCAGAACUUCGAGCGCUUCAACGGCGUGCAGCACAAUUCAGAUGCGUUCUUCUGGAUUAUCGCCGUCCCCGUCAUGUUCGUCACCGUCCUGGUGCUUCUGUAUCAGACCAUCAUCAGGAAGGUCAGGAGGUGGGCCGGCAAGUUCAAGUUGAAGCGCGCGAAGAUGAAGAUCAGUUCUCGUGGCACGAGGAACGGCGCGUAUACGCUGGGCAUGACGCAUGAGCAGAAGAAGAGGGCGAAGCGCAGGCAGACCAUGUAUACGAAGGGGCAGAUAGGAUCGUUUUGAGAUGCUGGCGCGGUCUUAAGUGCAUUUAAAACGGAGCGAUGGCAAUUUCGCCAGGUCAGGAUACCCAAGACGUAGCUUUAGACUAUUGAGCUGAGUGUAGACGGAGAGCUGGAGUCAAUUUUUGCAUGGCAUGGGAGUUUAGGGCAGA